UUGGCAACGACGCCGCUGAGAGUGGUAGUGAUUGUCGGCGGUUCCUGUGGGUGUCAGACUACGCCUCGUCUCGGCGCUCGUGAAAACAAGAGGAAAUAACACGUGUCUGUUUCAGUACAAAACAAAAAAAGGGAAUUCUGAAUUUGUUGUGCUAAGAAAAUUCGAAAACAGUUGUGACUUGAAAACAAAACCAAACGAAAGAAGAAAAAAAAGGACAUGAAAUUUUGAGCAAUGUUCCUCGCAGGCACAGCGACGUUCUGACGAGCCCCAGACUGUCGAGUGCGACUCAGAGCAACGGAAAAGGAACCGCGUUGUCUUGGCGGGCCGAGGAGGAGGAGGAGAUGCUUAGAUGCUGAGUCUAAGAUGCUCAAUCAGGUCUUAGUCGCUUGUCCCCCGGAAGAAGGAAAGUCGCGAGCGCUGCGCGGCUGAUGAUGGGGGACUGAGCCCGGGGGAGCGACAGAUAGUGUAAGAUUAGUGGGCUGGUUUUACGUCACUUAUUUUUAGGCUUUGUUGGGUUCAGCUCGAGGGAACAGAGAGGGAAAGAUAUUCCUGGUGGAUUGGCUUGGGAGGCGCAGGAAGAGCCAGCAGGUCCGUGCCGCGUGGGCGCCAUGCAAGCACGCCCAGUGCCCCCGCCCUGCCCAGCCCGCUCGUCGCGCCCCGCCCCCCCGCCUCACUAUGCGCCCUGAGCCGCCCACCCUGCCGCGCCCUCCACCUCCUCCGCCGCCGCCCCCGCCACAUCUCCCGGCCCGAGUGUGCGCCCACGCCCGAAAGCGAAUGGUGAUGUAGAGAGUGCGGGGCGUUUGCUAUGGCUACCCCACCACCCAGCAUGGGCGCCAGCAAGGAAACACUUCACAAGAGCAACAGCGAUCCCGUCAAGAGGACGAGGUACCACGUCCGCUCGCGGGGCUCGCCCGUCUCCAAGUGCUUCCUCAAUCUCGACGGAUACUCCUAUGUUAUAGUGGCGAGCCCGCCCGAGAAGAAGAAGGACGCCCUCGAGGAAGCCAACGUGCCCAUCGCGCCCUCCAGCAAGAAUGGACAACUCGCGAAGAAGGGCUCCCUCACCAUCCUGCGGAGGCCCAGCAGCAAGAACCUGGCCGGGCGCGGCUCGAGGCACUCCUCCUCCUCGCAGGACGACGAUGCUGUGGACGCCGUCGACCUCGCCAACGACGCCCCGGCCGUCGACAACCCUGACGCCUGCGAGAAGGCCGCCCUCAGGUUGCGAAGCCUCCUGCGCCACCUGCAGCAGGGAGAAGUCCCGGCCGCGGUCCUGCAGCAGAACCUGCAGUUCGCCGCUGACGUCCUCGAGUCGGUCUACCUUGACGAAGCGAGGUGUGAGGAGCCGCAGGAUCGGGCUAUAACCAUCAGUCUUGAGCCUCCGAGCAGGAAGUCUAGGAGAGUCACAUCGAACGACAAAUCCUCAAGGAGGCAGGUCGGCGACGAAGAGGAUGAGCUCUCCGAGGUGGAGCCGGACGCCGUUCCUCAGGAGGUGCGGGAGUGGUUAGCCUCCACCUUCACCCGACAGCUCUCCACCUCGCGCAGGAAGACGGACGAGAAGCCGAGGUUCAGGUCAGUAGCCAAUGCCAUCCGAGCCGGCAUCUUCGUGGAAAGGAUCUACAGGCGGCUCUCCUCGGCCACUUUCCUCCAGCUGCCUCCAGAAGUCACCGAGAUCCUCAAGAGUGUGGACGACUGGACCUUCAACGUAUGGAAGCUUCAGGAGGCAAGCAACAACACCCCGCUGCGCUGCCUGGCGUACGAGCUCCUCAACAGAUACGGUCUUCUUCAUAAGUUCAAGAUGCCUCCCGCGACCCUGGAGACCUUCCUGACGCAGAUCGAGGCCGGAUACUGCAAGUACAAGAACCCUUACCACAACAACGUUCAUGCGGCCGACGUCAUGCAGACCAUGCACUACAUGCUCUCUCAGACCGGCCUCAUGAACUGGUUGAACGACGUGGAGAUCCUGGCGACGCUCAUGGCCGCCCUCAUCCACGACUACGAACACACGGGAACCACCAACAACUUCCACGUCAUGUCCGGCUCCGAGACCGCCAUCUUGUACAACGACCGCGCGGUUCUCGAAAACCACCACAUCUGCGCCGCCUUCAGAUUGCUGCGCGGCGAAGACCACAACGUGUUGGUGAAUCUUUCCCGCGAGGAGUACAGGGAAUUCCGCACGCUGGUGAUCGAGAUGGUGUUGGCAACGGACAUGUCGUCGCAUUUCCAACAGAUCAAGGCCAUGAAGACGAUGUUGGCACUGCAGGACACGAGCCUGGACAAAGCCAAGGCCCUCUCUCUGGUGCUCCACUGCUGCGACAUCUCUCACCCGAGCAAGCCGUGGCACCUUCACGAGCGCUGGACCACGCAGCUGCUCGAGGAGUUCUUCCGGCAGGGCGACAAGGAGCGCGAGCUGGGCCUGCCGUAUUCCCCGCUCUGCGACAGGAACAACACCCUCGUCGCGGAGAGCCAGAUAGGCUUCAUCGACUUCAUCGUGGACCCGAGCCUCGGCGUGUGCGGGGACCUCCUGGACAAGGUGGCCGCGCUCUCCGUCCCCCCCGCCACCCCCACCAUCGCCGAGGAGCCCCAGAAUGACCUCCUGAUGCCCCCGGUCGUUGCAGAGCCCGGAGGCCCCAUCAAGCGCCCAGUCCGACCCUGCGGCGUCGUGGGCUCGGAGGUACGGCGCCCCUGGCAGGAUUGUCUCUCGGCGAACAAGAGUCGGUGGAAGGAACGCGCCACGAAAGACGCCGAGCUCCGCGCCGAGGCCGCCCUCAGAAACGAGAAGGUGAACGGCGACGCAGAGGAGACCGUGAUAGAAGAUACGAUCAAGGAAGAAGACGACAACAAGGAGAACAACGGAACGGCAGAAGAAAACGAGGAGGAGAAAACGGAGGAAAACGAAUGAGGCUUGAGUUUAGAGGAAGAUGUUGAUGUUGAUGUUAAUGAGGAGUGAGUGUUGUUGAUGGUGAAAAGUGUGACACUGAGGUACUGGACGAAGAAAGAAUGUACUUAUUGUUAAAAAAAAAAAAAAAAUGACAUUUAAAGAGUUUUUUUUUUUUAAACUUAAAA